AUGGACCAGGCUGACAGUAGAGAUGGGCGGCACUCGCCCAACAAACGCAAAAGAUCGUUCGUCGCAAGAAACGCUUGUCAAGCAUGCCGCGCCAAGAAGACCAAAUGUGAUGAGGACUCGCCUUGCAGACAAUGUCGUACGCUUGGUAUUGACUGCAUCUACAACGAGAGUCGAGCUUUCAAGCACGAAUCCUCGCUCAGCGUUAUCCUGGCCGCCAUCAAACGCAUCGAGACGAAGAUUGAUACUGGGCCCGAUAUAUCCAACAGGAGACCAGGUCCCGAGCAGGUCCAGUCGAACGAUGCCAGAACUCCUCAAAGGCGACAGGAGCCGUACGCAUCACCUCUCAGCGAAUCGCAGUCGGUAAAUACAUGUGCUGAAAGCGAUCGUGUGAAACUAUCAUUCAGUGCGCACCGUAUCAUUGACUUCGCUUUGCAGACAUCCGAGCCUGAAAUAUCUGAUGACAGACUGCAUCUGGAGUCCGAGCGAUCUAUUCUGCCACCCUGUAGUGCAGUUGGCCAUAACAAUGACACUUCGACUUGGCUGGCAGACUUGAGCCUUUCAAAGGUGAAACGACUCUGCGAUCUGUAUUUCGAAACCUUCAACCGAAUCGCGCCGAUACUGGACUAUGAGUCUUUCUCACGGACGCUUGGUGUCGCAGUGGAAAGUGGGUUUGGGGUCAACCAGGAAUCCUGCUUGCUGCUGAAUGUGCUUUGUCUUGGUAGCUUGGCUCAAUACGCAUGGGCAGAGGGAGGUUUCAACUCAGUCAGUGGAUCAAGGCAUCGUGAGCCGCUGGAUCCAGAGCCUGGUGUUGAGCAUCCAUCUCCUCAGGAGAACGCCGAUGCGCUGCGAUUCUUCGACGAAGGGCGAACACGAAUUGGCUACCUCCUUGCCGAGCAAGAUUUGGAGACAUGCCAGUACUUUCUCCUCUCUGCGACUGUUUAUGCGGUGCUACUACGACCACUCGAGGAAUGGGCUAUGAUCAGACAGGCCUGCAUGAUCAGUGCCUCGUUUUGGUCAUCAAACCAUGAUACUUCGGACAGCUACUGCGUUGAUAUGCAACGCAGGAUCUUCUGGAAUGCGCUCAUGAGAGAGACGAUCAUCACAGACGAGCUAGAACUGCCUCGAAGCCCUCUCCAAGACCUUGAAGGACUCGUCUCCCUUCCAAAGUUCGUCCCAUACAGCGACAAAAGAGCAGACCAAGGUAGCCCGGAUGAGUACUACCACUGCCACUAUCUCGCUCAAAUUGCAGUACGAAUCAUCAUGACGCGUAUCCGAGACGAGCUCUUCUACAACAAUCCAUCAGUCUAUCUGGCCGAAGAACUGCAUCAUCAGCUCGAACAGUGGCGCUCGAGUCUCCCGCGAUCAAUUCGCGAUGACUUUGACAGUGAUUCGAGUUCUCACGAGCACCCCUCGCAUACUGUUGCCGUCGCAAUGCUGCAGACUCGCUACUGGGUGUCAAUGUACCAUAUCGGCAGGCCAUUUCUGUACAAGGCCAUCACAAAUCCGGCUGAACUUACCUCUAAGGAUCUUGAAAUCUGCAAACGCUCUAUGAAUGCUGCUGUUGCAUGGUUCGCGGCUUAUCGGCGAGCUCUCACGAUGCGCAGCUAUACGCACCUGAUCUUCUUUGUGUGCAGCCAGUUGUUCGGACAACUGCUCUUAACUCAUCGUCUGAGAUCGGUCACAGACGAUAGAGUUCGAAGCAUUGCGCCCGAAGGAGUGGACGACUGGCUACAUGAGGCCUUCGCUUUCAUGAAGACUACUGCACCUUACAAUCCCACUAUUGCCAGAGAUGUGAGGGUGCUCUCUAAGCUGUUUAGCUCGGCAUCGCUCUGA